UAACAAAUUACCGCGGAAAGGACAGCAAAAAAUACGAUGUUGUUGCUUAAAAAGGAACAUAUCUACAAACUGCUCGUAGACAAACUUUACGACAAAUGCCAGCGGAUACAAGCAGAAAAUGAACGCUCUGUUAUGAGGAUAAAUACUCUUAAGAAAAUAAUACGUCGCCGUACAUAUGACGUAGACUUGUUAAAGAGAAGGUUGGACAAGCAUGGUGAUAGCUGGCGAUCAGUGCCAAUGGCGGCUCCACAUUCCAAAGGAAAACUCGAAAAACACAAACGAGUACCCAAGGCAAAAGGCAAACAGGCGGCUGGACUGGGUGAGACUGCUGGGGCGACCAUUGGAUCCAAGCCCAGAAAGCAGCGUGUGAAAAAACAAACUACUGAAAUAACAACACCGACAGUUACACUUACGGCAGCAUCACAGACACAACAAUGUCACGGAACUUGAACUUAAAUAAUUCAUUACACUUAUCGUAUUUUAUAAUAGUAUAUUAAUACAGUUUUUAAGAUUUCGUAGUCUAAAACAAAGAAA